UGCGAAUUCAAAACAUGGUCGUUUUUUCGGGAGUACUUUGGAUUGUGUCGUUUUCGGGGGUCGUGCUGGCGGACGUUACCGUGCAGCUUCCCAACGGCAAGAUCCGCGGGAAAACCCUGACGACCCCUAACAAUUCGACGUUCUACGCUUUUCUGGGGGUGCCGUACGCGAAGCCACCGCUGGGUCCCCUUAGAUUUCAGGCGCCCGAAGAGCCGGACAACUGGGACGGAGUCUACGACGCUACUAAGGACUCGAACAUAUGCUACGCUGUCACUUACGACAAAGACAGCGAGAGUGAGGAUUGCCUGUAUAUCAACGUGUUCACGCCCACCCUACACUCGUUCGAAAAGCUGCCCGUCAUCUUCUCGAUCUACGGCGGCGCUUUCAGGAGCGGCUACGCCGCCUACGGCAAUGGCGGUCCCGAAUGGUUCGUCGAGAACGGCAUCGUAUUCGUCAGUUUCAACUACCGCGUGGGUCCGUUCGGGUUCUUAUCGACCGGCGACCUGGUGGUAUCCGGCAACGCCGGCCUCAAAGAUCAAAAUUUGGCGCUCAAAUGGACCCGGGCCAACGUGGGGGCGUUCGGGGGCGACGGGGAGCGGAUAGUGAUCCACGGGCAAAGCGCCGGAGGCGCCUCGGUGACGUACCACCUGCUGAGCGAGAAGUCCAGGGGUUUGUACAGGGCAGCCAUAGCGGAGAGCGGUUCGGCCCUCUGUACCUGGGGCUACCUCGAAGCCCCCAAGACUUACGUCGAAACCCUGGCGAAAAUCAUCAACGAUGGCGUCGACUAUCCUAGCUCAGACAGCGGCCAGUUGCUCGACUAUUUGCAAAACGUGUCUGCCAGAGAAAUAGACUACGCAUCUACUCAGCUGGGCCUGACGUUGCCGGUAUUGGAGGUAGACCACGUGGACGCAUUCCUUACUAGGUCGAUGUACGAGCUGGUCAGCACCGGUGACGUCAGCAGAGUGCCGCUCAUCAUAGGGAUAAACUCGGAAGAAGAAAUAGGAAAAGCCUCAGACGUGGAAAAUUUGAAAGAGUUGGCGGCCCAUUACGAUUCUAGCUCGGUGUACCUGAUACCCGCUGAUCUAGGAUCGUUGUCCAGCCAGAACAAAACCGUUGUCGGUCAGCUGAUCAAGGAGGCUUACGUCGGAAACGAUACGUUUUCCGAUAACGUGGGGGCGGUAGUUAGCUAUUUCAGCGACAAUCAGUUCACGAGAGCCAUCAUCAGGUACGGGGAACUUCAGGCCAAAUACUCCCCCGUCUACUUCUACGAGUUCUCGUACAAGGGCAAAAUGGGUAACCUGGACACCAGCAUCGACGGUGCGGACUCGGUCGGCCACGGGGAAGAAAUGAAAUAUCUGUUCGUCACUCGGUCCGGUUCGUACGACAACACCCAGUAUGCGAAUUUCGCCGAGUCGGACGUGCUCACCCACCUCAGGAUGGUACGGAUGUGGACCAACUUCGUGAAAUACCUGAACCCGACCCCCGACGAUGGGUCCGACGACCUGGUAAACGUCACGUGGCCCACGGUCGGCGAAGAUUUUUACUAUUUAAACAUAAACGACAGCCUGGAAGUGUCGACCACGCCCAAGGGGCGCCGCUACGAGACCUGGAGGUACGCCUACGACAACUACGGGACCCGCGCUUACGUCACGUAUUGA